CAGCGACAGGGGGCGGAGCCAGGGCGGCUGGCCAGGGCCCAGCAUAUAACUCUGGGCGGGUGCAGUCUGGGGCGCAGUCUGGGGCAGCAGACACCCAGCCGCUCUGAGCUCAACUGGCAGCAUGAAGGCCCUCCUGGCCCUGCCGCCGCUGCUGCUGCUUCUCUCCACGCCCCCCUGCACCCCCCAGGUCUCCGGGAUCCGGGGAGAUGCUCUGGAGAAGUCUUGCCUUCAGCAGCCCCUGGACUGCGAUGACAUCUACGCCCAGGGCUACCAGGAGGAUGGCGUGUACCUCAUCUACCCCUCCGGGCCCAGUGUGCCUGUGCCUGUCUUCUGUGACAUGACCACCGAGGGCGGCAAGUGGACGGUUUUCCAGAAGCGAUUCAAUGGCUCAGUGAGUUUCUUCCGGGGCUGGAACGACUACAAGCUGGGCUUCGGCCGUGCCGACGGGGAGUACUGGCUGGGGCUGCAGAACCUGCACCUCCUGACGCUGAAGCAGAAGUACGAGCUGCGGGUGGACCUGGAGGACUUUGAGAACAACACGGCUGCCGCCAAGUACGCUGAAUUCUCCAUCUCGCCCAACGCGGUCAGUGCGGAGGAGGACGGCUACACCCUCUACGUGGCAGGCUUCGAGGAUGGCGGGGCAGGCGACUCCCUGUCCUACCACAGCGGCCAGAAGUUCUCCACCUUUGACCGGGACCAGGACCUCUUUGUGCAGAACUGUGCGGCCCUCUCCUCGGGAGCCUUCUGGUUCCGCAGCUGCCACUUUGCCAACCUCAACGGCUUCUACCUGGGUGGCUCCCACCUCUCCUACGCAAAUGGCAUCAACUGGGCCCAGUGGAAGGGCUUCUACUACUCCCUCAAGCGCACCGAGAUGAAAAUCCGCCGGGCCUGAGGGGCUGGCCCCUGUCAGGCCCCAAGCCUCCCCUGGCUGCUCUGGCUCUCCAUGAGUGCUCCGUCUGCACCCUGGCACCCCCACCCCUGCCCACUGCUCUCUUAGCACCUGCUUCUCCCAGGGGUCCUUGCGGCUCUAGUCCCAGCGGGUCCUGUCACACCCACGGUGUCCAUCUCAAACCCAGGCCUCCAUUCCCCUCACCUGCGACCACAAGGCCAGCCGCUUUCCCGGGCCUCCUGGACCUGCCUGGGCUCUGCGAGACUCUUCCUUGCCUCUGCCCUCCCCACAAGGCAGAGAGCCGGGAGCCGCUCCCUGGCUGCGGACUGCUCCGUCUGGAGCCCCCUAGCAUGCCAGCUUGGGCUGCCGUAGUCUGACCAAUAGCCGUGGCAUGUGCCAGGCCACCCGCGUGUGGCCACCAUAGCCACACCCCACCCACAGCCCACUCUGCUGUCCUCAGUAUCUCCAUCCUCUGCCUCCCUCCUGCCAAGUCAUUCCCCAGUGGUGAGCACCAUGGGCCCGCAGCCCCAACUCACAGUCCUACCCCGCUGCCCCCUCCCGCCUGUCCCAGGCCCCACAGCUCAUGCCAAAAUCAAAUUUCCCCACAGCUAUCGCACGCCGCUCUAGAACAGCUCCCGCCGAGACAGGCAGGGAUAUGAAGUCCCCCCACCCGCCCCAGGGCUGAGGUUUGACUGUGUUGGAGAGACAGAGGAUAACCUCUGCGGGGCCGGAAGGAGGUGGGGAGUGAAAAGCUCAAUAAAACCUCAGGAUCUGAA